AAAAUAUUGAGAUUUUAGUCUAUAUUAUUAAACCCGGGAACAGCCCCACAAUAUCAGCUCUCAGUUGAUAGCAUAUUCAAGCCAUCGAUCCAGCGACGAACUCAGUUCGUUUUCAACAUGCGUGCGCUUCAGUACCUCCUGCUGCUGCUCGUCAUUUCCAUCGGCUUGGCGGCUUCAGUGCCUCGCCAGCGUCGUCAGAUCGAUCUCACGGUUUCGGCGGACCACGACGACAAGGACGACGAGACGGAACUGGCGCUGGAGGCCAUCGCCGGUCUGUGGAGCAGUGCAGACAGUCGGACGAAGAUCGAUGGAUCAGCCAGCUUGGUGCAUCGCACACACGGAACACAAUCGGGUUCCGAGCAGGACUUUCGCGUGGGAGUGCGCAUUACAUUCGACAAAUAGCGAACGGAGUUCCAGACUAAGGGCAAAAUCGAGCGAUUGCGUGAGGAAAGUGAGGCCACUGUAUAAACAAUCCCACUGACGGAUAGAUAACAUUUUGACCUUCGCAGGCUUGGUUUUGUAGAGAAUAUAGAGAACAUUGAUGAAAAUACAA